UUAGGCGCCCAUUUUUCUCACCACCCUUUCACCAACUCCUCACCCAUUUGCUUCGCUUUUUCCUUUUUCCCUCCACUUCCGCCAUUACCACCCCCACUUUUCAUAACUCUUUCCCUUCUUCUUGUGUCUUCGGUAACGCACAGCUCGAGUUUCGCCUCCUUUCCUCUAUCCAAUCUUUGCAGGCCGAAUCAGACCAAUACCUCUCGGUUGGUCACACCAUCACUAGAGCCAGCGCACUUUAGCAGGACAGAAGGCGCGGGUUAAUCAUGAUUGUGAACGUGAGGGAAUCAACAAUGGUACGUCCAGCGGAGGAGACUCCACGGCGGAGCCUGUGGAACGCCAACGUGGAUUUGGUGGUACCCAGGUUCCACACCCCGAGCGUUUACUUUUACAGGCCGACGGGUGCAUCCAACUUCUUUGACCCGCAGGUGUUGAAGGAGGCAUUGAGCAAGGCCCUGGUGCCGUUUUACCCCAUGGCAGCGCGGUUGAGAAGGGAUGAAGAUGGACGGAUUGAGAUUGACUGCAAUGGUGAAGGGGUGCUCUUUGUUGAGGCUGAAACUACUUCUGUUAUUGAUGAUUUUGGUGAUUUUGCCCCCACCUUGGAGCUCAGGCAGCUCAUCCCAACCGUUGAUUAUUCUGGUGGCAUAGGUACUUUUCCGCUCUUGGUUUUGCAGGUCACGUAUUUCAAAUGUGGUGGAGCUUCACUAGGUGUUGGUAUGCAACAUCAUGCGGCAGAUGGAUUUUCUGGUCUGCACUUUAUCAAUACAUGGUCUGAUAUGGCUCGUGGUCUUGACCUCACAAUUCCACCAUUCAUCGACCGGACCCUUCUCCGUGCCCGGGACCCCCCACAACCUGUAUUCCACCACAUCGAAUAUCAACCACCUCCUGCAAUGAACAACCCUCCGCAAUCCACAGGUCCGGAAAGCGUAGCAGUCUCCAUUUUCAAACUGACCCGGGAACAGCUCAAUGCACUCAAAGCUAAGUCCAAGGAAGAUGGGAACACUGUUAAUUAUAGCUCAUAUGAGAUGUUGUCAGGUCAUGUGUGGAGGUCAGUCUGCAAGGCACGUGGACUUGCUGAUGAUCAAGGGACAAAAUUGUACAUCGCGACCGAUGGAAGGUCCAGGUUGCGCCCACUUCCACCUGGUUACUUCGGAAAUGUGAUCUUCACGGCUACCCCAAUUGCAGUGGCAGGUGAUCUACAGUCAAAGCCAACAUGGUAUGCUGCAAGCAGGAUUCAUGAUGCAUUGGUUCGGAUGGACAAUGAUUAUCUAAGGUCAGCCCUUGAUUACCUAGAACUUCAGCCAGAUUUAUCUGCUCUUGUUCGUGGUGCACAUACAUUUAGGUGUCCAAAUCUUGGGAUUACUAGUUGGGUUAGGCUACCAAUCCAUGAUGCCGAUUUUGGCUGGGGCCGGCCGAUAUUCAUGGGCCCUGGCGGGAUUCCUUAUGAGGGGUUAUCUUUUGUAUUACCAAGUCCAAACAAUGAUGGGAGCUUAUCAGUUGCCAUCUCCCUGCAAACCGAACACAUGAAACUGUUUGAGAAGCUCUUUUAUAACAUAUAAGGGAAGAACCACAUAGAUACCGUAUAGUCUGAAACUGUCUGUUUCAGAAGUUUCUCUCCCAAUUUUUUCAUACAUGUUAAUGUUAUAAAGGCUCCCAUUUCGCUUGAAAUGUACCUCAAAUUCAGACUGCACUAGGCAAAUGCCAUAUGCUUAUGGACAGAAAGACUUUGGACAGAAAUUGUAUUCCUAUUUUUGGUUCAAUAACGAUGUUGUUGAAGGUAAUGACAAUGUUAGCUCCAAAACAGACAAAAGAGAAAAAAAGAUGGAACUAAUUUAACUUGUGGAUGAUUAGCUGUUUCUCUUAAUUGCAUACAAAACUGGGUAAAUUUGUUGUAAUAAGAUUUAGUUGGAAGGAUGGAUUGCAGGGUA